AAAUUAGUUAAACAUAAAGUAGUCGUUGCCAGAUGUCAACUGAAUGUCAGGGACUAACAAUCCGUAGAUCGAACAAUACAGUUUUGAACAUAUACAAAAUCAAGUCUCCAAAAUAAAUUUAAAAUAAAAGUUAUAUAUUUUUACAAAAUGUCCCAACCGCAAUCCCAAUCCCCUGAUCAAGUUUUAAAUAUGGAGGAGCCGCAGGACGAACUAAAACAGUGGCUAAGGGAGCAGCGCAUCAUCCUGGACGUGCGUACUCGUCGUGUUUUCUCCGAUGUCUUGCCAGUGGCCAAGAUUAUCAAGCAAUGCCACCCGCGUCUGGUGGAUCUCCACAAUUAUACGCCCAAGAGCAGUGUGGUGCUGAAGCUAAAGAGCUGGGAGACCUUUAACAACAAGGUUCUCAAGAAGUUGGGCAUCAAUGUGCCGCGAUCUGGACUGGAGCAACUGGCUGCGGCCGCACCAGGAGCCAUAGAGGCGCUAUUCCGGGAACUGAUUGCCGUGACCAAGUGUGGUAGCCCCCGGCCGAGUCCAAUGCUGAAUGUCUCGCCGACGCGUUCCCACAAAAGCGAGGUGGUCAAACAGGUGUCCAAUAAUAAGGAUUCCCUGAAACGCACCCUCAACCGGUCCCUCACCCAAGUGAUCGAGCGUUCCUCCUCCGCUAAUCGGCGACCCAAAGUCCACACCAUGGAAGUUGAGGUCCUUGUCAAUGGACAGAACAAGAAGAUGCCAAAGAAACUGGUGGAGUACGAACACUACGCAAAAGCUGUUCGAGAGAGUGCCGAAAAGUCCAGCUACAUUAGUUCUAUUAUCCAGAAAACCGACUAUCUGGAGAGUAUGAUCGCCGUUAAGGAUGAGCGCAUAUCCGAGCUAAUGAAUCAACUGGGCAAACUGUCGGUGAGCAUUCUUUCAAUGCAACCCUUGCUCAGCGAUAACGAUAUCGAUGACGAUGCUAGGAUCAGUAUAAAUUCCCAUACCCAUAUUAACGACGACUCCGAGGCGUCCAUGGGUCCUUGGAUCUGAGAGCUGAGCUCCCGUUUGAUCCUUCAAUACAUCAACUUUCCACGGAAUCAAAAAAAAAACCGCAUUUUAUUGGAUAAUAUUUUGUAUUUUAAUUUGCAUUUUUUCUUUGGCUUUACCCCAAUAAACAAAACGAAAUUGUUACGUCGUUCAAAAGGAAAA